GUCGUUUAUUUUUUCACAUUUUUAAAAUUUAAGCAAAGAAAAAAAAAUAGAAACCAUUUCUCUUCGUUGGUACUGUUCUCUGCAGCAGAGCUACCGCCGGAGAUUCAUCGGAGGAAGAACAAUCGGAUCAAUGGCGGAAACUAGUUCCCCCAAUUCGUCUGCUGAUGACCUCAAGAACCAUGUAAUGAAGAUUUUCCAGGAAGCCACCAAAGACUGUGAGGACGAGUGCUUGAAAGCAGUAUUUUGCACCAUUGGGAGGAGCUACGAUUCCCUUAACGAUUUUUCGAUUAAGUUGUUCAAUUCUAUGGCAGAUACCGGCAUCAUUGACAGAGCCAGAGAGAUGUUUAAGCCUGUCUCUGACUUGGGCAUUCUAUCUCCAGUGGCUGUCUUCACCAUUGUGAUUAUGACCUACGCCGGUAAUCACAAGGCCAAGAGUGCUCUUAAGGUCUACCAGCAAAUGAUAGCCACUGGUAUCAACCCCGCCUGCUACACUUACGUUCAACUCAUCUGUGUACUUGCAACAGACUUUUCCAAUGUAAAGUUCCUUAGGUAUGCCAAGAAGUAUUUUCUUGAAAUGUUGGAUAAGGGGAUGAAGCCCAAUCCUACACCCUUCUGGAAGAUUAUGGAGGCCAUUGCCUACCGAGAGCCAGUGGAGAAGGCCAAGGAGUUCCUUGAGCAGAUAAAAGCCAAGGGGUUCAUGCCUCCCGACAGUGGUUUUCACUACAAAGAAGCCUACCUCGCCGAAGGAAUGCAAACACUGAAGAUGUAUGCUAAUCUUGUCCACAAUGACACCAUUGAUGAGGAUGUUAGAAAAUACUUCUUCGUGUUGCGCGCCUGCCCUGGCUACGCCGAAAAACUGGGGAGCAAGAUGUACAGUGCUUUGGUAGAUGAUGGAAAUGUAGACGAGUAUUGUCCUUUCCACCUUGAAGCAGUGAUGCUUUGGUUCAUGGAUGUUAUACCAGCAAGCUUUAGGAUUAGGGGGCUUCAGAUAUGGAGGAGCUAGUGAGAGUAGAAAACUGGAUUUCAGUAUAAAUUUUGUGCUGUCCUCUAUUGUUGUGAAUGUUGACAUUCAAGUAUCCUGGUGCUCUUAUGAAUUUAAUGCUCGAUUUUUAACUGUGCCGUAGGCGUUGUUGAUACACAGCACACUUGUAAUUUUAAUGUU